CUGUAGGGAGGGGAAGAGUGUCGGACUUCCUGUUUGGCUCUGCGUUAUGUUUCCCUGCUUUCCGCAAAGCUUUCUGGAUAAGCAGUAACGUUAGUUAGGUAACGGCCUGUUUUAAGGCUUGCCCCCCCGCUGUAAUUAGCAUAUAAACAAGGUGAAUUAACUCCUCGUCGAAGUCGAGGCGGCAGUGAAAACGGAAGCCGAUCCGCGGAGCUGCUGAGAGCAUCUGUCCGCAGAUCAGUGAGGUUAGCUGGGGCUGCGCUAAGAGACGGAGCGGCGGAGGAGACACUCGUGUGUUUUUAACUUCCCGAGGCUCGAAACUACGCGAGGACUUCAAGAAACUUUUGUCGUCAAACCUGGAGAGGGCGAGUCCUCGCAGCAUGUGGUUGGAGCCACGGGCGUUGUAGGAUGAAGAGCCCGGCGCACCGCACCAGGGACAUUGAGAGGCAAGCUGGCUACCUGAGGCCUGAGCACUGCGCCCCUCCCCCGCUCCGCACCGGCUCUGACACCAUGUGGUUCAUCCGUGAUGGCUGCGGCAUUGUGUGCGGCGUCAUCACCUGGUUCCUGGUCUUCUAUGCCGAGUUUGUGGUGGUGUUCGUCAUGCUGCUGCCUGCCAAGAACGUGAUCUACAGCCUCUUCAAUGGGGUGAUCUUCAACGGCCUCGCCUUCCUCGCCCUCGCUUCUCAUGCCAAGGCGAUGUGUACAGACCCGGGAGCCGUGCCUAAAGGGAACGCUACCAAAGAAUUCAUCGAAAGCCUGCAGCUCAAACCAGGACAGGUUGUGUACAAGUGUCCCAAGUGCUGCAGCAUAAAGCCUGACAGAGCUCACCACUGCAGUGUGUGUAAACGCUGCAUCAAAAAGAUGGACCACCACUGUCCCUGGGUGAACAACUGUGUCGGAGAGAACAACCAGAAAUACUUUGUGCUCUUCACAAUGUAUAUUGCACUAAUAUCCUUCCAUGCGCUAAUGUUGGUGGCCUUCCAUUUUGUUUUCUGCUUUGAAGAAGACUGGACAAAGUGCAGUAACUUCUCUCCCCCAGCAACUGUCGUCCUCCUCAUCCUCCUCUGCUUUGAGGGUCUCCUCUUUCUGAUCUUCACUGCAGUCAUGUUUGGGACCCAGGUCCACUCCAUCUGCAGCGACGAGACGGGUAUCGAACAGCUUAAGAAGGAGGAGAGACGAUGGGCCAAAAGGUCAAAAUGGAUGAAUAUGAAGGUGGUGUUUGGUCAUCCGUUCUCUAUAGCCUGGCUGAACCCCUUUGCAACACCCGACCACGGCAAGGCAGACUUGUACCAGUACAUUGUGUGAAAGCUGGAAGCCUAGCUGAGCUCUGCUGCUGAGGACUUCCUGGUCUGCCCUCCUAUUGGCUGGACCUAAAUGAGCAUGAACUCCUCUUUACCACUUCUACAUUUUCUUUCGUGCACGGAUAUUACGUUUAUUGAUAUUUGAGGGUAUCCUGUUGUAAGCUACGUUGUCAAAAUGUUUCUUUUUUAAAAACCUUUUUAUUUUUUUGUUUCCCUCAUGGUGUCAACUGAGAAUAAUGAGCUGUUGCUGUACAAAAAAAACAAGAAAGAAAACCUAUCAAACUAAGCAGCGACAACUCAAUACAAAGCACUUAAGAGUUGGCGAGACGACACCAACAGACUGAGUUCUUCAUGCAGUAUGUCUGAUCAUUUCCUGCUUCAAAGACUAAAUAAUGUGAAGUCAAAACUGAAGUGCAGAACGUUUUUGCAGUCCGGGUGCCAAGAUGAACUCCUGGUUUUGUCUUCCUGUAAACAUGGUUGUGAUUAUGUCACUUCUUCAUUUGCUGUAUUCUUGUCGUUGCAAUAGGCUUUUGCCGAGUGCUUCAGAUGAUUUGCCUUACAACAGUGCAUUAGUGAACGGUGGCAUCUGCUGCUUUUAAAAAACAUUACUAUUAUUUUGCCUUAAUGUGACAGUCAGUUAGACACAUUCACAUUGGGUAAAUACUAUUUUUAAAUGAGUGUGUUUUGCCGUUCUUUGAUGCCAGAUAGGUGAAUUAGUUUGUUUAGGUAUGUUUUGUCUUUUGGUCGUUUAGACUGGCUAUUUGCCAAGUUCCUGCUCAGACUGGAACUGUGAAGGACAUUCAAAGGCUGUAGGACCAUGAGCAGCCUCAGUUAAAGUUACAAUCCUUAAGAUUUCAUUCCUGGUCGAUUUGUCAACACAAGUCAUUAGUGGUGUAACCGCAAAUGCAAUUUUAAAAUUAUGAUAAUGGAAAUAUGGCAUUUAUGUUAGUUUGAUGUCAUGAAAUUUAAAGAACGUCGGUCUCCUCAUCCCUCCACACAGAUCUGAUGUUUUCAUCUGCUGCAAUUUUUCAUCUCCUCAGUGGACAUUCAAGUCCUGUGCUUAAUGUACGUUGUGAUUAAUUUGCUAAGUCUGUUUCCAUUGCACUUUGUUGAAUUUAUCGAUGCAUCAUCUUUUCCACCUCCAGCAAAUGUGCAAACUGUGUUUUUUAACCGCCAAUUUUUUGGAUGUGGAUGGAAAUACACUUAGUGACGCUGAGAUAAAAUUGAAUGCUGUGAGUCCAGAAAAAACACUGUAUUGAGAGGUAAUAAUUGACUUUAUUUACAUAGAACGGCUAAUGUUGAAAAUGGGAAGACCAAAAAUUGGGUUUUAAUUCAUGGAAAUCAUAAGGAUUAUAAUUUAAAAAUCACCACUUGUUUUCUAGUCCAAGAGGUGGCAUGGCUUGAGCAAUAUCAAUCGGUUUUAGAAUCUAGCAAGUAGUUUGACCAGUGUCCUAAGUGUCACCAGCUCAGAUCGAAAGUCAGGGAAUAAGAGCAAUACAUAUUGCUCUUUGAAUGCACUGACUCUAAUUGUAAUUCCAUCGCUCUCAAUUUAUGGAAUUUGCUUGUGGAUAGAUUGCAAGUGUGAGCCCGACUAGAGAGUAAAAAAGCCUUAAAGGAUCAAAUGUGGAUUCAAAUUUAGGCCAGUGGAAAAUGUUCACCGAAGCCUGAAAGACCAUGAUAGAAAUGGACAUUUUAAUUGUUGCAGCUUUGGAACGUACUGGACUACGUGGUGAUGGGGAACAUUUUACCUGUGGUGAUGGGACUUUGGUGCAGAUGGUAAUAGGCCUCUUCAAAGCAUUUAACACUAAAAAUGCCUUUGCUCAAAUGUGUUCGAAAGCCCUACUCUAUUUAUAAAACGUGCUUUUGAGGGUGAUGAAAGGACAUAUUUAAACAUGCAUAAGUUGCCAAAUUGAAUGCUCAAUGAAGAGAGGCAAGUAACCAUUUUAAGAGUAGACCAUAGUCAGGAGUUACAUUUUCUUAGGCUUCUAAAAGGUUUUUAAAAAUGUAAAAAGGUUAUUAAAUGGAGGUGCAACAGAUACUUCAGUUUACACAUACAGUACACCAGCUUUCUUUUUUCUUGAAUUGUUCAAUAAUGUUCUUUGUGGUCAGGUAUGAAUACCAUUUAGUACUUACUGUGGACCGCUUUAAAUUUUUUUCUUUUUGAUUGGUAUUUGUUUAAAUCAGAAUAUAAUAAAACUUAAUGUAUGUGACACAA